AUGGUCGGAAUCGGUCCUAAGCAGCCACCAUCCCGCAAGGGAUCCAUGCACGAUUUGCCGCAGAAUCUGCUGCAACACAUCAAGGACUUUGAAGAUGUCUUCACUGUGGACCGCGCGAAGCUCAAGCAGAUCGUCAACCACUUCGUCAAGGAGCUGGAGAAGGGUCUGACCGUCGAGGGCGGCAACAUUCCGAUGAACGUCACCUGGGUCAUGGGCUUCCCCGAUGGCGAGGAGCAGGGUACCUUCCUGGCUCUCGACAUGGGUGGCACCAACCUGCGUGUUUGCGAAAUCACCCUGACCGACCAGAAGGGUGCCUUCGACAUCACCCAGUCCAAGUACAAGAUGCCCGAGGAGCUGCGUACCGGUACCGCCGAGGAGCUGUGGGAGUAUAUUGCCGACUGCCUGCAGCAAUUCAUUGAAACCCACCACGAGAAUGAGAACAUCUCCAAGCUCCCGCUGGGUUUCACCUUCUCCUACCCGGCCACCCAGGAGUACAUCGACCACGGUAUCCUGCAGCGCUGGACCAAGGGAUUCGAUAUCGACGGCGUCGAGGGUCAAGACGUCGUCCCUCCGCUGGAGAACAUUCUCAAGAAGCGGGGCCUCCCGAUUAAAGUCGCAGCCCUCAUCAACGACACCACCGGAACCCUCAUCGCCUCCUCAUACACCGAUAGUGACAUGAAAAUCGGCUGCAUCUUCGGCACCGGCGUCAACGCCGCAUACAUGGAGAACGUGGGUUCCGUCCCCAAGAUCGCCCACAUGAACCUCCCCGCCGACAUGCCCGUCGCCAUUAACUGCGAAUACGGCGCCUUCGAUAACGAACGCGUCGUCCUCCCCCUGACCAAAUACGACGAAAUCAUUGACCGCGACUCCCCGCGUCCCGGCCAACAAGCCUUCGAGAAGAUGACCGCCGGUCUGUACCUGGGCGAAAUCUUCCGUCUGGCCCUCGUUGACCUCCUCGACUCCCACGACGACCUCAUCUUCAAAGGUCAGGAUACCUCCAAGCUGCGCAAGCCCUACAUCCUCGACGCCUCCUUCCUCGCCGGCAUCGAAGAAGACCCCUACGAGAACCUGUCCGAGUCGGCCGAUCUGUUCCAGCGCGAGCUCUCCAUCCACCCCACCCAGCCCGAGCUCGAAUUGGUCCGUCGUCUGGCUGAGUUGAUCGGUACCCGUGCCGCCCGUCUGUCGGCCUGCGGUGUUGCCGCCAUCUGCACGAAGAAGAACAUCGAGUCCUGCCACGUCGGUGCUGACGGCUCCGUCUUCACCAAGUACCCUCACUUCAAGGCCCGAGGUGCCCAGGCUCUGCGGGAGAUCCUGGACUGGGCUCCCAAUGAGAAGGACAAGGUGUCCAUCAUGGCUGCUGAGGAUGGUUCCGGUGUGGGUGCCGCCCUGAUUGCCGCGUUGACCCUCAAGCGUGUCAAGGCCGGUAACUUGGCUGGUAUCCGCAACAUGGAUGACAUGAAGACUCUGCUUUAG